AACUCUGUCAUUAUCGCACUGGUAACUGUAAAUUCGACAAACGUCUUUGUAAGGGAAAUAAUUCAGUCACGGAUACCAGUUAAUUUCAUUUACAAGAUGGCGCUCCCCAUGAUGACCGAAGUCAGAGGCACGACUGCUUCAAUUUGUGAGGCAAAUUCGCAGCUUCCAGCAUGGAUGAAGGCGGAAGAAAAAACAGGCACAACAAUUAUGGCUGUAGAGUUUGAUGGAGGGGUUGUCGUUGGUGCAGAUUCCAGAACAACAUCAGGAGCAUACAUCGGCAACCGGGUUACAGACAAACUGACCAAGGUACAUGACUCUAUUUACUGCUGUCGGUCUGGCUCAGCAGCAGACACACAAGCCAUAGCGGAUAUCGUCUCCUAUCAGCUAGAUUUCCAUAGCAUGAAUGAGGGUGAGCCACCUCUUGUCCGAACGGCAGCCAACUUGUUCAGGAACAUGUGUUAUGAGUACAGAGACUCUCUGUCCGCUGGGAUCCUGGUAGCUGGAUGGGACAAGGUCAAAGGAGGCCAGGUGUACUCCGUUCCCAUUGGCGGUAUGAUUGUACGUCAGGCGGUUGCUAUGGGCGGUUCAGGAAGCACAUAUCUCUAUGGUUACCUGGACUCCUCCUAUAAAGAGAACAUGACCAAAGAGGAAUGUCUACAGUUCAUUGCAAAUGGUCUGGCCCUGGCCAUGAUGCGAGAUGGCUCAAGCGGUGGCAUCAUCCGCCUAGCAACCAUCACAAAGGACGGUGUGGAACGAAAAACCAUUCUAGGCAACGAGUUACCGAGGUUCUACGAGGGAUAACUUUGUAUUUAGAAGUAAUUAAUGUAGUGUUAUUUUUCCUUUGUUAAACGUCGUCUUUUGUAAUGGUUGCUUUAUCCCAACCUUGUCAAAGCUUACUUAAAGGUAUACUUUCACGAGAAAGCACCCUUUUGGGCUCAAAAACGCAUUGACCAUGAAAUGAUAAUUACUGUAAUAUUCAGGCAAAAAAGUAUCAGACAUUAUUUUAAGGUGAAUAUUGAAUUUGUUUGGGUGAGGUAGAGUAAGAGUUGACUGAUAUUCUCUAGAUCUAUUUACCAGAAAACUUCUGAAUUGGCUAAAAUCUAACAUUGCAGUAACCCAAUGGUGCAUUCUUUGUUCACUAGCAAAAUUGCAUCACCUAGCGGCAGUGAAAGUCCGGAAUUCAUUCAAAGUCAUCUGUUGGAAAUUAGGGCCCAUCUCAAUUCAUAUCCAGGAUGAGUUCCAGACAAGUUCCAGACAUUGUAUCGGGUAUAAGUUGCAGGAAUCUAUAAAACAACGUCCCCGCAAUCUUCCCACAAUGAAGUUAUCAGUAUUGGUGAGUCAAGCAGUUGCUUAUGAAAAUUUCCCCGGAACAUGUCCGGGACAAAUGCAGAGUUUCUUCUGGACAAAGUGAACGAUUCUACCCGCAACUUGUCCGGAAUUCGUCCCGGAUAUGAACUGAGACGGGCCCUUAUUGUUGGGUAGUUGGUGCUAAGGUGUUCAUAAUAAAAAAUUCAGUCAGAUAAUAUGAAGGGAAUUAACCUUACACAUGCAAACUUCAGCACAAUGCAUAACUUUCUAAGAGAUGAGAUCAGUGUGACAUCACCAGCAAUUUGUUUGCUCAACUGUACCUUGACUUUAUUUGUUGUCUGACAAAGUGACAAAAUAUCCCAUAAAAUUCGCAACACAUUCACCAUUCUUUAUACAAGUAUACUGAAUGAUCUGUACUGAAGCUGUUUUCAUUUGUAAUACACGACUGAAUUUGCUAGGAUUUUUUUCAGAAUGUAUGCAUACACACAGAUGUCAAUAAAUAGUUACAACUGCACCAUC